UCCGUUAUUCAAAAUAAGGCUUAAUUCGCUCACAGUUGGAUUUUCCAUGCCUCUUGGCUGGACUACAAACGUCUCAUUGGUCACGUGACGGAACCAGGAAGUGCCGUGUCAACAACGUAUAAGGUUGAAAACUUCUGAAAUGGCGUCCUCCCCGGACUGGCAUUUGUCUCUGAAGCUGGUGGAUCAGCCCAAAUCCACGUUCCACUUCCCAGAGAUGAUGCCCGGUGAUGUCCCACCAGGAGGAUACCGGGUCGGGACUCUCAAACAGCUGGUGUCAGCCCAGCUCCCUGACUCCAUCCCGGACCCUGAGCUCAUAGAGCUGGUGCACUGCGGACGUAAACUAAAAGACGAACUCACGUUAGAUGCCUGUGGGAUUCAGCCGGGAUCCACUGUUCAUAUCCUGAAGAAGAGCUGGCUUGAACCUGAGAGCAAUCCAGAGCCUGUGAACAGGGCGACGGCAGCUCGGGAGUUCAGGGUCUUCCACGCCGCCCUGCAUUCGCUCAACUCAACGUACAGAGACUCUGUCUAUAAAAUGUUGACAAAUAAAGAAUCUCUGGACCAGAUUAUAGUGGCCACACCAGGACUCAGAUCAGACCCUGUGGCUCUGGGUGUGCUUCAAGACAAAGAUCUGUUUGUGCAGUUCACUGACCCCAACAUGCUGGACACGUUGAUCAGCGCUCACCCGGCCCUUGUCAACGCCAUCAUCCUGGUGCUGCACUCCGUGGCCGGCAGCAUGCCGCCGCAGUCCAGCAACAACUCCUCUCGAAGCGUCUCGGCAGGGUCCUACAGCGAAAUGCCAGGAGGAUUCAUGUUUGAGGGAAUGUCUGACGACGAUGAGGAUUUCCAGUCGGGGAGCCCACCGGGCCCAUCCAGCAGGGUCUCUGGAAUCCGACCCGUGUCUCUGAGCCACACGGGCGCCGCCGGCCCUCGACCAAUCACACAGAGCGAGCUGGCGACGGCUUUGGCGCUGGCCAGCACGCCAGAAAGCAGCGCUGUGACUCCCACCACCGCCAGUCAGUCCGACCCGUCAAGCAGCGCCGCACCUAUGCCAGCGGGGACGCCGGUCAGCAACGACCUCUUCAGCCAGGCUCUCCAACAAGCUCUGCAGGCCACAAACAUGUCCAGUUUACAGGGACGCUGGCAGUCUCAGAUGCAGCAGCUGCGGGACAUGGGGAUCCAGGACGAGGAGCUGAUGCUCAGAGCGCUACAGGCCACGGACGGCGACAUCCAGGCUGCCCUGGAGCUCAUCUUCGCUGGAGGCCCGGGUCUCUGAACCUGUUCCACAAAAGAGCGAGAGAACAUCUCGACUCACACGCAGCUGUAAACAAGCUCCACACUGUCCUUAUUGUACUGAGUCUCUGUUAUUAUACGACCUUCAUGAACGCCUCAGAUGAAGACAUUGCAGUUCUGACAUCUCUACACAAGAUGGCAGUGCUGUUUUAUUAUUAUUAUUAUUAUUAUUAUUAUGGUUCUGUUCACAGUCAUGAGUCAACGUCAAUUAUUUUAAUAGACGUGAAAAUUGUUUUCUUGCGACCGUUCUCAAAUGGAUUUAUUACAUUUCUAGUUGACAAUAAAAAGCACACCCACAAAAUGUGCGUCUUUUUAAAGAGCUCUCAUCAUCUGAUCUGCCCCCCCACCUUCCCUCCUACGUUCCUCAUCUUCUCUAAUUGCCCUGCUUGGUUUUAUUACCGCAUCUGCGACGGCUCUAUCAACCGAUUGGUCUUCUUCACCAGGCCGAACGGCCCUCUGUGUGCCUCCGUCUUCAUUUCCAUUUCACAUCCACACACACACACACACACACACACACACCUGCGGCUCGUUGAUUGUCUCGACAGGAGUGUUUUAAAAAUAAAUUGUUUCCGCUGUGCAGAGGGAAGCGGCGGAUUAUCGGCGGCGGUA